AUGCUUGCUCGUCUUACCCUCGUCCUUGUCUUCUUGAUGACUGCGUCAGGCCAGCGCCCGACGAACGAUAAAUGCUCUCCUUCAUGCACCCUCGAUUUCAACCCCGUGUGCGGCUCGGAUGGCGUCACCCACUUCAACCCCUGCACCUUUGAAUUUGCUCAAUGCAACAACUCCAACCUGACCCUUCAUGCCCGUGGGGAGUGCGACCCAGCAUUCGUGAAGAAGGUAGUAUGCGCUGGUGAUCGUGUAUGCACCCACGAGUUCAAACCCGUGUGCGGCUCGGAUGGCGUCACCUACGACAACCGCUGCACCUUUAAAUUUGCUCAAUGCGACAACCCCAACCUGACCCUUCAUGCACGUGGGGAGUGCAACCCAGCAUACGUGAAGAAGAUAGUAUGCGCUGGUGAUCGUGUAUGCACCCGCGAGCUCGACCCCGUGUGCGGCUCGGAUGACGUCACCUACUUCAACCCCUGCACCUUUAAAUUUGCUCAAUGCAACAACCCCAACCUGACCCUUCAUGCCCGUGGGCGAUGCGACGCAACAAAAUGCUGA